GGCGCUGGAGAGCGAUGCGGCCAAGCCGGUGGAGGCCCCCGAAGCAUCCGAAGCGGCCAGCCACGCCCAUUGGCCCAAGGAGAGCCUGGUUCUGUACCACUGGACCCAGUCCUUCAGCUCGCAGAAGAUUCACGUUUGGAGGCCAGGCUGAGAGUCCAAUCCUGAUAAUGAGAAUUAUGAAUAAGCACUAGCUAUAUACCAGACACUGUGUUGGUGCUACUAUUAAUACUUCAAUUCUGCAAAUAAAAAAACGAUGAAGGCCAGAAAGUGUAACGAAUCCGCCCAAACUCACACAGAAGAGCCAGAAAUCCUAUCCCAGGUGCGGCUGGUGAUCGCCGAGAAGGGCCUGGCGUGUGAGGAGCGGGACGUGAGCCUGCCGCAGAGCGAGCACAAGGAGCCCUGGUUCAUGCGGCUCAACCUGGGCGAGGAGGUGCCCGUCAUCAUCCACCGCGACAACAUCAUCAGCGACUACGACCAGAUCAUCGACUACGUGGAGCGCACGUUCACGGGAGAGCACGUGGUGGCGCUGAUGCCCGAGGCGGGCAGCCCCCAGCACGCGCGGGUGCUGCAGUACCGUGAGCUGCUGGACGCGCUGCCCAUGGACGCCUACACGCACGGCUGCAUCCUGCACCCCGAACUCACCGCCGACUCCAUGAUCCCCAAGUACGCCACGGCCGAGAUCCGCAGACAUUUAGCCAACGCCACCAUGGACUUCAUGAAAUUGGACCAUGAAGAGGAGCCCCAGCUCUCUGAUCCCUACCUUUCUAAACAGAAGAAGCUCAUGGCCAAGAUCCUGGAGCACGAUGAUGUGAGCUACCUGAAGAAGAUCCUGGGGGAGCUGGCCAUGGUGCUGGACCAGAUCGAGGCUGAGCUGGAGAAGAGGAAGCUUGAGAACGAGGGUGGGUGCCAGUUCUGGGGGCAGAAAUGUGAGCUGUGGCUCUGCGGCUGUGCUUUCACCCUUGCUGAUGUCCUCCUGGGAGCCACCCUGCACCGCCUCAAAUUCCUGGGACUGUCCAAGAAAUACUGGGAAGAUGGCAGCCGGCCCAACCUGCAGUCCUUCUUUGAGAGGGUCCAGAAACGCUUUGCCUUCCGGAAAGUUCUGGGCGACAUCCACACCACUCUGCUGUCAGCAGUCAUCCCCAACGCGUUCCGGCUGGUCAAGCGGAAACCCCCAUCUUUCUUUGGGGCAUCCUUCCUCAUGGGCUCCCUGGGUGGGAUGGGCUACUUUGCCUACUGGUACCUCAAGAAAAAAUACAUCUAAAGCCAGGCCCCGGGCUUGGUGUCUGACUGUUGGUGUCUCUGUCCUGUGUGAUUCCCAGUGAGCUCUCAGUAACGCACCGUCUCAUGCACACUUGGACAGCCCCUCCCACCCCUUGUUUGGAGCAAUUCUAUCGUCAGUCUGAAAACAUUCCAUAGUUUAGGAGUAGAUGUUGCCACUGCCGUGAGUUGAGGCCACGGUUCUACUGAAGGAGAGAAAGAGUGAGUGGGAGAGAGAGAGAAAGAGAGAGAAACAAACAAAAACACGAAUGCCUUUUUUUUUU